AUGGCCGUCGAGACAGACUCGACCCUGAUCACUACUGAAAAUGCGCCAUUAACGCCGAUCUACCAGCUCAACAGAGAACUCGCUUGCAAAGUUCAAAGGAAUAUGGCCAUAAUAUUUGAGACUGUUCACUUUACAGAGACUACCAACCCGGAAAGUAAAACAGUUCGACGGCGGAAGGUCACUCAAGAUCUAUACUACCUGGUCCAUCUUCGGAACAGUCCAUCUCGGGACAAUCUACUCAAAUACUACAUCACGGCAGCAUCGCCAGAGACCUUGGGGAAUGUCCAACUAGAUGUUACAGAUGCCCAAGAAGAGGGGUUCAGGGCGAUGCUGAAUGCCAACAAGUCUGCAGCAGAUAUCCUGCUAUUUAAUCGCGAUACCCAGCAGCUGCUGUUUGACAUCAAGCCCAAGUGGCAAGGCGGUCAAUACCAGUGGAUUGAUGUGAAUGGAGUGAAAGUGGCGUCUGAGUUUGGGACAAGGGAAGAACCGAGAUUGCAUAUUGAAAUUCCGUUGCAACAACAAAAAAGAGACGCGUUGGUAGCAUUGUGGAUCUUGAGACUCUGGUACAGUAUUGCCGAGAACAGGACAGCAACACGACAAGCCGGAGGAGUUGAUUGGAACUUUAUGUCCUUGAAACUACCUGCUCUUGCUAGAGGGCUGAGGGGGCGACACGUCGCGGAUCUUCAGACAGGCUUGGACGGUACUCAAGAACAAGACACGUUAUGGCUUGGGAAGCAUUCAAAAGCCAUCUUUCUUUAA